AUGCAAUUGUUUCUAUUUUUAUUAUUCAAUUCAGUUUUCGCUAAAAAAUACGAGCUGGUUUUUGUGCAAAUGGUUAGUUUUUAUUGAUUUUCAGAUGUUUCGAAAUGGAUUUUCACAGAUUUUUCGACAUGGUGAUCGAGCUCAAGUGUUUUUCAUCGAAAAUGAUUCGAUUCAGGAAAAAGAUUGGAUUCAGAAGUAUAAUUUGAGGAUGGGACAAAUUACACAGGUUCGAAAUUUUCCACGUGGCAAGAUCAAGUUCUCUGUUUUUUAUAGCUCGGAAAAACUCAAAGUAUCGAUUUGGGAAAAUCAAUCGGUGAAAGAUAUAUGCAAAAAUUCCCAAACUUUCUGUCAAAGAAAUUAAAAGCCGAACAAAUCCACUUUCGUUCAACCAACAAUUCUCGAACAACACAAUCGGCUCGACUUGUUUUAGAGGGAAUGUAUCCGCGGCAAAAAGCUGCGCAAAAAAUCGAUUUGGAAAUAUUCGCGAAUCGACCGAAAGAUUGUGUUGGAAUUAUUAGUUGUGUUUGUAAUCGAAUGUUUUCCAAAAGAAAACGAUACUCCGUGUUGACGACAGCGCGCGUAGUUUGAAUUUAUUUAUUUUUUCUGUUCCGAGUUUUUUCUAGACAACAGUAAAAAUAAGCUAAAUCUAAUCGUAAGAAAAAUUGGACUCUUUACAGCGAAAAUACUUUAUGGAUCGACUUCGCCGAGAAAAUCGUUGGUAUUCCGAGGAAAUGUAUAAAGGCCUUCUGAAACUAUAUUAUAAAGCGAAUGAUUUUUAUUUCGGGCAUUUCGAAAAUCCAAAAAAGACCGUUGUUGAUGAUAUCGAUAUUUCAAAAGAAAUGCUCAAAAUGAGAUUGAGUCCGGGAAAUAAUGAAAUUUUGGAAAGAUUGAAAAAACGACUGGAAUGUUUGAAGAAGAAAUCGAAAUGUAAAGAUCGAUUAUUAUUUCAUGCUUAUUCGGCGGUAAACAAUUUGAAUUUGAACAAAAAAUGGUUUCUAUCGAAUUUCUAGGCGUUAAAAAUAAUUUAAAUUACAAAUAUUCAGGUUUCGGGUCAAAAAAUUCUGAAAAAUUCCAUGCUAAUUGAAAUUUUGCAGCAUGAUAUGAUGAUUUAUGCACUUUUGACAACAUUUGGUAUCAAAGAUCAUACAGGUUUGGAGAAAGGACAUCUUCCCGAUUUUUCGAGCUCAAUUUAUAUCGAAUUAUAUUUGAAUUCACAGGAAAAACCAUUUUUCAAGGUACUAACUAACAAAGAUUUGUUGAUUUUUCUCACAAUCUAAUUCCAGGUUUUAUUUCGAAAUUCUGAAAAGGCUGAAUUUAUGGACUUGACAAGCAAAAUUCGAGGUUGUAAAGGAAAGGCAUAUUGUCCUUUCAAGAUUUUUGAACAAUUGCGUGAUUUUUAUAAUUUGGAUGAGCCAAUUAUGGAGCAUUGUGAAAAACGGCUAUGGAUCGAUGAAAUUUGA